AUGCAGCCUCAGAAGAGGCAACGUGUGAGCCUUGCUCAAGCCAUCCGCUGCUUUGGACGCCCAUUGCCUCCAUCGCAGGAGGGCUCGGAUGCGGGGCAGGUUCCGGAAGAAGAGACGGGAACCAGGGCGGGUAUUGCUGCGGAACAGGUCGCCAAAGAGGAGCUGCAAACGGAAGAGGAAGGCGUGGAUGCACAGGAGGCUCUUCAGGACGAGCUGGCAUGGAAUGAGGAAGCAAAAGAGGAGCUGCAACCUGAAGAAGAGGCUCCUAAGGAUGAGCUGGCAUGGAAGGAGGAGGAGGUGGACGAGCUUUAUUCACAGAGCGCCGCUGCUGGAUCAUGGGCCCCUGCAUCGCAAGAUUUAUCACAGCAGUCCUGGCAACCGUUCUCGCAGGAUUCGCAGGACCCGCACGCCACAGAGCAUGGCAUGCAACCCAUGCCAGAGGAUAUUGGCGGAGAACAAGUUGCUGGAACAUCGGCCCCAUCGUCAUGGCAACCGAUCUCGGACUCGGAGGCCAGGAAGCAUGGCUUGGAAAUGGCGGAUGCACAAAGCUUGCAGGAGCCCCGCAGAGGCUUCGCAGAUCUCAGGGAGGAAGAGAAGGAAAAACUUCUAACUGUGUCUGAGAGCCUCACGAAAGAGAUAGGCAUGAAGGCUUUUUACACUUUCGACGCCCGGACAUCCCGGGAAGAUCUGAAGAAGUUGGUGCACACCUUUUUCUCGAGGUACAGGCAGACUGAAACGGAGGACCAUUAUUACGAGACGGAGAGGUUCUUUCAGGACAACCAAGUGUGGUUUGUUUCGACGCUGAUCACGCCUUGCUUGUACCAGGGCAGUUUUCGGGGCCAGCCGAGGCCACAACGCCACAUGGCAGAACUAUCUGCUUGUCAGAAGUUCCUGGAAGAUCCGGAAGCUCGAGAGCUUGCCAGCAAGCUUCCGCCACCUUCCAGAAUACUGCGAAGAGAAAUCUUGGCAAAAUUCAGCAAAGAUUGGAAGGAGGAUAUGCUUCAGCGGGGCAUCAGUCCCAAGCUUGUUCAGCAAGAAGCUGUCCAAGAACUGUCACACAAACUUAGGUCUUUGGGCUGCUUCCUUGAUGCCCUUGCUUUUGUGAAUUGGUCUGCGCGGGAGGGAGAGUUCGCCCAAGCCCUCACAGGCAUGGCCUCGGGCGCGAAGGACAUCAUCCGGGGCAAGGCACAUUCCAUGCUUUCCAAGUUUCAAAGGCUUUGGGCACAAUGGAGAAGGGCGUCCUGUCGCCCGUCGCCAGCGAGAUUGUCUUGGAGUCAGUCGCGUCAGGCCCGGCACGGGCUCGACAGUGCCACCAAGUCCCAGCUAAAUGGCCGCAGAGGUGCAAGAGGACAUCUUCUACCCAUCCUGCACAAAACCGAGGACGCCCUUCUCCAAUGUGCCCAAAGCCUGCAUCAGGCCGGCCCCGAGUAUGAAGGUGGUGGAUGGUCGUCGUCCUCGGCCUCCUGA